GCUUGGCUUUCACCUUAAAUCGCCAAAAACGCGAGUUUUUCACAUCACACGAAUCCGAAGAAGAGCAAAUUAAUUAUUUGUUUUAGAAUUUUAUUAAAUUCUAUUUAAAAUUAAUUAAAAUAAAGUAGAUUCAUGUGUUUAUAAGCUAAAGUGAAAACUACUUAUCAACAAAAACAAUGGAUUUUUCACAACCUCCUCCUGAUAUGCUGCAACAGCCACCGCCGUCCAUGAUGCAAAUGCCACCUCCGCCAGUCGUAAUGAAUUAUAAUAAUUCUGGGCAAAAUAAUGGACCUGGUGGCGGUGGUGGUGGCGGAGGUGCUGGAGGUGGUGGCGGAGGUUAUCGUACACAUUACUUUCAACACCACUCAGGACCUGGCAAACCAGGCCAUCCAUAUUUUAAGCCCUUUGGGAAUUUCAAUCGUGGGUUUGGCAUGACCCAAGAUGAUUUUGAUGGAAAACGGUUGAGAAAAAGUGUAAUGCGCAAAACUGUUGACUACAAUGCGUCCAUUGUGAAAGCCCUUGAGGCGCGAACAUGGCAAAGAGACGAUCGAGAUCGCCCAUCGCUCCAGCCUGAAAAUAUAUACAUACCCGAAUUGUUACCUCCGCCAAGUUACUUGGAUAACCCAACAAACUCGGUGACAACAAGAUUCGUUAAGACUGCCACAAACAAAAUGCGUUGUCCUAUAUUUACCUUGGCUUGGACACCAGAAGGUCGCCGAUUGGUAACUGGUGCCAGUUCGGGAGAAUUCACACUCUGGAAUGGCCUUACGUUUAAUUUCGAAACUAUCCUCCAGGCGCACGAUGUUCCUGUCCGAACAAUGGUCUGGUCACAUAACGAUAAUUGGAUGGUUACAGGCGAUAAUGCUGGAUACGUUAAAUACUGGCAAUCGAACAUGAACAAUGUGAAAAUGUUCCAGGCUCACAAGGAAGCAAUAAGGGGAAUAAGUUUUAGCCCAACGGAUAGUAAAUUUGUUAGUUGCAGCGACGAUGGAACGUUAAGAGUGUGGGAUUUUUAUCGAUGCCAAGAAGAGCGAGUUUUGAGAGGUCACGGUGCGGAUGUAAAAUGUGUUCACUGGCACCCUCAAAAGGCGCUUAUAGUAUCCGGAAGUAAAGACAAUCAGCAGCCAAUAAAGUUAUGGGAUCCAAAGAGUGGUCAAGCUUUGGCUACAUUGCAUGCUCACAAGUCAACUGUCAUGGAUCUUAAAUGGAAUAACAACGGGAAUUGGUUGGUAACUGCUUCAAGAGAUCAUCUCCUAAAACUUUUCGAUAUUCGAAAUCUCCGCGAAGAAGUUCAAGUAUUUCGUGGUCAUAAGAAGGAAGCCAGCUCUGUGUCUUGGCAUCCAGUGCAUGAGGGACUCUUUAGCUCUGGGGGUUCAGAUGGUUCGGUGCUGUUUUGGAAUGUCGGGACUGACAAGGAAAUCGGUGGUAUUGAUACAGCUCACGAUAGUAUUGUUUGGACUCUGGCAUGGCAUCCACUUGGUCAUAUACUGUGUUCUGGCUCGAAUGAUCAUACAAUUAAAUUCUGGACAAGAAAUCGUCCCGGAGAUCUCAUGAGAGACAAGUACAACUUGAACACCCUUCCAGCUAGUUUGUCCACUUUGGAUGAAUGUGAAUAUGAUGAUGCGGUCAUACCUGGCAUGGGCCCAGAAGACAAAGUAGAAUUCACCGAGAGUCUGACUGCCGAUAAAGGAUUUAUUCCCGGACUCGAUUUAGAUCCUAACAAAAUUAUUGACCGAGACCGGGAGAAGAAGGUCCCUUAUAGCAAGCCAAUUCCAAGAAAUUUCCAAGCGCACUGGAACGAUAGCCGACGAAACGAAGAAGGUGAUGAAAAUAAUUUACGAGAUUCCAAAGAAAUUAGCAUGUUAGCUGAGGAUAUGCCAGAUAACAUGGACCCCAGCACGAUAGUUGGUAUAUCGGUAUAUGGAAGAGUGAUCAGAGUUAUGCCUGAUACAAAAUUGGCCGCAAUAAUCAGAAACGGCCCUGAUGCACUAAAUCGCUACAUAAGCUCAGGUGAAAUCGACGAACUAAGUGAUGUUGUGCCAGUUGAAAAUAGACGAAGUAAAUCACCCAAUCGUGAUCGCAGUAGAUCUCCGCCGGUUAAAAAGUCUCGAUUCGAACCAAUUAAUCAUAAUGCCAAAGUGAUAUAUGCUGGUGAUAUUGACUGGCGUCGCAACAUAAACAAUCCAUUUUCCGGAGUGAAAGUGAAAACUAACGACGAACCUGAGGUCCUUCCAAAUGGAGAUGUAGAUUUUCGACGUAUAAAGUCUGAGGACAUGGGUGGCGGCGGUGGUCGACCCAGUCCUUGGGCAACAGGACCAUUGGCAAACAAUGAUUCAAAUCGUGCAAGUCCUUGGGCAACACCGCAACAAAAUGGCUUUAACAACAACAACAAUUCAUCGAAUGCCCAGUUCAAUACAAAUGCAUUCAAUACGAAUACAAAUACCAAUCAAAACAACCCAUUCGGUGCACCGAGCCAUAAUACCAAUUUUAGAGACGACAGGGACCUCGACAACAACUCGGACGGUGGCCGAAACGACAACUCUGCUAAUUAUAGAUUUAAGGAUGAUUUCGAUGACAACAACAGCAACACCGGCAACAGCAAAGGCAGUGGUGGAAACAGACGGAAUCGAGAACGGGGCCGCGACAGACGUCAUAACAAAAAUCGAAGUAAUCGAAGGUUUUGAAUAUCCAAAUAUAUACCAGGAUGUAACUCCAUCCAUUCUGCAUGAAGAGAAAAUGAAGAGAAGAAGGAACCAACAAACAAACUGGAAUGAUUUUUAUCAUGUUAUCUUAUUAAGUAAUUUUAAGUAAUUUAAGUCAACAAUAUGAUAACGAGCAUAAACAACCCACAACGUAGAGCAAAACUACUAACAUCUAAUAUCGUUUUGGAUUGGUUAUACUCAAAAAAAUAUUAUAUUAUUGAACUGUAAUCGCGUUAGUAAUUUCUCUUACUUGUUAGAAUCUUAAUGAAUAUGAAAAGAAAAAAAAAACAAACAAAUGAAACCCUCGAUAUAUUUAGAAAAAGAAAACACAAAGAUUAAGCUAAUUUAAAAACCAAAAACAACAAAUAUGUAGUCUCAGAAUGAUUGCGAAAUAAAUUUUUCAGCUAAGUAUUCCCGGCAGCGCAGGAGGCAGACGUCAACUUUACUAGACGCCACAUCGCCAAUACCAAAAAGAAGGUAAUUACAUAAAAGGAAUUCAACAAUAAGUCAGAGUAUAUAAAAAAACUAAUUCUUACUAAGAAUCUAGAACGGUUUGAUAAUGUUUAUGAGUUCAUUAUUUUACCAAAAAAAGAAAAUCUGGUUGUGAUGUGAUUUUAAUAUUGUGUGUUGUUAGUUAAGUGAGAUUCCUUUUAUUCAAAUUAUGUUCAAGCAUAUCAAAAAUUAGGUAAGUAUGUGUACGAAAUAUUGUAUUAAACUCAGAAAUAAAAUUACAAAAAGACUGAUUUGAUUUACAUACGAAUAAAAAUCGCACAUUUUCGAAGUAAAAACAUUUUUGUUAUUGAUCAAAAGUACAAUUGAAUACAUUGAAGAUGACACCAAGAGUUAUUUGGAUUUUGUACCAAAUUUUUAUUUUUUGAAUAGCAAUACUUUUAAUGACCACAAAAACUACAAUUAGGUAGGGC